ACUUGAUCUCCAAGUUAUCUUACCUUUAUAAUGACCCUUCUUUAUUCCAUUUUUUCCCCUAGUACGCUCUAAUUAUCUUUAGUUUAUAAUCUCAAAUUUAAAGCAAUCUUUAAUUAAAGCAUAAUCACAAAACAAAAUUAAAUGGUUAAGCUAACAAUAAUUGGAAGAAUUAGAGAUGGCAUGCCUAUGUCACAAGGUCUAAGGUAUGCUAAUGAAGAUUACAACAUACCAUACUACAAGCAACAAGCUGAAUUCAUUCUCAAAGAAAUCUCAAGAGGUUCUUUAGCACCUAAUCCAAAGAUGACCAUUCGCCUUGAUCAUCAACAUUCUUUCAAUUGUUUGGUAGCUUGUGGUGCUUGCUUCAUCACAUUGUGUGAUUCUUCAUAUCCGAGAACACUAGCCUUUCAUUACCUUGAGGAUUUGAGACAGGAGUUAGAGAAAUUUCAAAGCGAUCAACUUAUGGAUAAAAUUACUAGACCUUAUAGUUUUGUCAAGUUUGACAGUGUUAUUAUCAACAUUGGGAAACAAUAUGUUGACACAAGAACACAAGCUAAUCUAAAGAAGUUAAACGCUAAUCGCGGACAAGAGUUAAGUAUAACAAUAGAAACCAUGUCUGCAGUUAUAGAAAAUAUAAAGCAAAUAGAUUAUAUGGAAAGAGUUGUGAUGGCUCCUCAAAUUGUUUCACCAAUAUGGGGUUCUCGGCAUCUUGAGAUUAUCGCGUUGAAAUGGACACCAAUUGGCAUUAUAAUUAGUGUUGUGGUCGUUCUUCUGCUGUGGGCGUCACUGAUCAUGGCAGAUUAUGUUGUCUUGUGCUCGUGACACAACGUUGCAGAAAUCUCAGUCAUUCUUUUUCCUCUAUAGUACUGCAAUACAGAGGAAUAUACAACACAAUUAUUAAACAGGUUGUCCAUUGUCCAAGCUUAUGAACACACAAUAUAACUUCCUUGAUGAUCAAAUAAUACCAAAGUUAAUAUUUCUAACUGAGAUGCAGAAGAAUAUGCUGUACAGCCAUCAAACAACCUAGUCACUUAGAGACAGUAAAUCAGUAAUCAAACUACAAUCUACAUUUCCAACAAGCAAAGCGCCAUACAGCUUUCAACAGGGAAAUUCAAAACAGGGCUCGACUCUAUUUGUAUCGUACAUCUCCAGCAAAGUCCCCAGAUUUUUCUUAAUGUCUUUAGUUCGUCCCCCAUCUAUGAACAUGGUAAUCUUCUACGUUAUGCCACCAGAAUUUAUUGCAGAAAAGAUCAGUACAACAGGAUUCAUCCCUGGAAUUUGUUUCUAAUCUUUCAAACAAGUACUUCAAAUCAAAGAAAACAAAAUUACUCAGCAUGAUAAUUAGGCCUUAAUAGACAUUUCAAGUUGCUAAUCAGUAAUUGCUUAACUUUCUACUAUUGGUCUCUCC